AUGACGAGUAAUAGUUUUAUCAAUAAUAUUAAGAUCUUUAUGAAAUUUAAUAGCAACAAAACCAUUAUAUCACUACUUGCUUCCCUUUAUUUUUUGGAUGAAAUUGGUCAGAUGGUUGGCCUUGAUAUUGAUAAUAUUCGUAGUCCAUCAAUUGAAGAUAAGACGACAAUUGGCCUUAGUUUUAAUAUUCAUAAUCUAUCAGCUGAAGACCAGAUGAUAAUUGGCCUUGAUUUUGAUAUUCGUAAUCUAUCAGUUGAUGAUCAGAUGAUGGUUGGCCUUGAGUUUGAUAUUUGUAAUCCAUCAGUUAAAGAUAAAACGAUAGUUGGCCCUGAUUUUGAUAUUCAUAAUCCAUCAAUUGAUCAGAUGAUGGUUGGCCUUGGUCUUGAUAUUUAUAAUCCAUAA